GACGACUAAUCCCGCCCACAUUCCCGUAUGUGGCUUGUUGUCAGUCUUGACGGGAAAGACGAUGGCUGAUCUUAUGUCUUGAUUGGAAAUAAUGUGACUCGUGGACUUCUUGCCAAAGCAGAAAACACGAAAGUGUCAUUUGAGAGAAGUCAUUUAUCGUCUGGUACAUCUGAGGGAACUCACAACGAGGUUAGUUAAAGCUUCUUUCACUUCUACAUCUGUCUGCACCUCGGAUGAACUUCCGUAUUUUGUUUCAACAUGAUCAACACGAUCUGUGUGUUUUUUAGACGUAUUAACAGCUGAACACAUGUGCAUCUUCGCUUAGGUGUCCAGGAGAAAGUGAAGGAGUUGGGUGUGUCCGGCUUGAUCGCCUGGAAAAAGCCUGUAGUCUGGGUCUGUCCCGGGAAUGAAGAGGAAACCUGAAGCUAUGGGGGUAUCUUACAGCUCUGAGCCAGAACAGAAGCGUGGAAGUGGGGCUUCAGGAGCACCUUCACAAGAAGAUGUAAGUAUUUAGAUCAGGUCCUUAUAGAUGUUUACCACUGAUGAGGCCUGACAUGUUUUUAGACUGCUCAGAUUACAUGUGUUGCAAGUUUUAACAUGCUGAGGCUUCUGCACUACUUCCUACUUGUCAACUACUUCUGUGACAUUUAGUCAGCAAAACCUGCGUGGGUGACUUAUAGGGUGACUGUAACCGGAAUGGAAAAAAACCCUGUUUUGUUCCACUUUUAGUUUUAAGCAUUAUGUGUGUGUGUGUGUGUGUGUGUGUGUGUGUGUGUGUGUGUGUGUGUGUGUGUGUGUGUGUGUGUUUGUGUAUAUAUGCAUAUGUGUGAGUGUGUUUGUAUAUAUAUAUAUGUGUGUGUGCGUUUGUGUAUAUAUAUAUGUGUGUGUGUUUGUGUGUAUAUAUGUGCGUGUGUUUGUGUAUAUAUGUAUGUGUGUGUGUGUUUGUGUAUUUGUGUAUAUAUAUAGCUGUGUGUGUAUGUAUGUGUGUAUAUAUUUGUGAGUGUAUGUGUAUAUAUAUAUGUGUGUGUGUGUGUAUAUAUAUAUAUAUAUAUAUAUGUAUGUCUGUGUGUAUAUAUAUGUAUAUGUCUGUGUGUGUAUAUAUAUGUAUGUCUGUGUAUGUAUAUGUGUGUGUGUGUGUGUAUUAAAGUUAAAAUUUUAAAGUUUAACUUUAAAGUUUAUUAAAGUUCACAUUUAUACAAACGAGAGAUUCAGGAGUCAUGUUAUACAUUAAAGUAAAAGUAAAAUAAAUCAAGUGUUCAUUGCCAUAUAUAAAACGGUCAUUUGUUCAAAGAAAGGUACACAGAGGCAAAAAUAUUAAUUAAAUAGGACGUCAUUUUUGAGGCAGCAUGUUCAAAGCUAUUAUACAAACCCUCUCAUGAGAAUAGUAAAGAUAUUUUAACCAACAUAUAAUAAAAGGGUUCCCAUGUUUUAUGAAACACAUCUUUGCUAUGUAGUUUACACGUCAGGUAGUCUAAUGCAACGUUCUCGAGUCACUCUUUGCCACUGAACCUUGGAUGGGACUCUAUCCACAAUCAAAUUUAGGGGAAUACACUUCCUAGCCCAGAACACAAGUGUUUAAUGGAGUUUCUUAUUAUAUUUUUUAAUGUGGGUCAGUUAAGGCUAAGCAGUGGGAGCUCAGUCAAAAAGUUAGUGCUUUCCAAAUUAAACUAGUGAAUCAAAGGUUGAGCUUACCUCUGUCUUUACCUUCCUCUUUCAGUUCUCAGUUCCCCUGGACAUCCUGGAGGAGAUCUUCCUGAAUCUCCCUCCACAUCAGGUGGUUCGCAUAUGUCGACUGGUGUGCCAUCAGUGGAAAGCAGUGGCAGACAGCGAGUCUCUAUGGAAAGAGAGGUGUCGGAGAGAAGGUUACUGGAUUCGUGAUGCGUCCAAGAUCCCCAAAGACUGGAGGUUGUUUUACUUUUUGUGCAAGAAGAGGAGAAAUCUUAUCUUGAAUCCAAGAGCCGAGGGUAAGAAGCCUCCUCAACGACGUAGGGGUCAAAUCAUUUGUGAAAUAAGUGCUUUCACAUCGAUCAUCUUUGUUUUGUAGAACAAAUGAGGCAUUGGCAUAUAACCGACAACGGUGGUGAUAGAUGGAAAGCAGAGGGAGUCAUGGCGCCACAUCCAAACGAGGCCGUCCUGAAAAACUUUGUGACAUCCUACGGGUGAGUAUUCAAAAAGCAAAUAGUAGCUUUUCAAUGCUCCAUGUAACAAUCUUUAAUACAGGAUCAGACAUCCUCUGUGUUUUUCACAGACUUUGCAGGAAGACGCAGCUCAUUGAUCUGGGAGCGGAGGGUUACAACCCGUCAUUCAUGGAUCACUUCCAGCCUGACAUCAAGAUAUCCGAUUGGUGAGGAGAGCUCCCAGCAUCAUCUCAACCAAAACAUGUCAAACUGAGCUGGUCACAAACACAAUUCUCGUCAUACUGCUCAUCAGUGCAUGCUCAUGUGUGUUUCAACAGGUAUGCACCACGAUGGGAUUGUGGCAGCGAGUACCAGAUCUGCGUGCAGUUGCUGAACCACAGAAAGAAACCCAUCCAAACAUUUGAACCUGAAACGGUCUACUUUGAUCAGUGGAAUGACCAGAAAUGGUGUCAGGUAUUUACAAUCCACAAAGUCUGAAUGCCUUUACAGUCGCUGUGAGCUUUACAUACAACAAAGUUAGGAUUACAACUCUUCUGGUGCGACUACAUGAACCUACAGGAUGAAAUUUGUUUGUUUUUAGAUGACGCACGUCUUCAGGAAUUACGGACCAGGAGUGAGGUUCAUCCGCUUCACCCACGGAGGCAAAGACAGACAGUUCUGGGCGGGGUGGUAUGGGAUCCGUGUCACUGACAGCAGCGUGGAGAUUUGUCCAGCAGGGGACACGUAACUCUUUCUUUGAAUACCCGUUUCCUGCCUUCUGCCUGAAAUUGCAAUAUUGCACAGACUAAAUUUGCCUUAUAUAAUCUGCAAGUCAUUGUAUCUGUUUAAACUGUUUUCUUUCGUACGUAAGUUGACUAUUUUUGGUUUUAUAGUCAGUCUCAAUGCAGCGUUAGAGGACAUGUAAAGAGUAGUGUAGAACUAUUUGAAGAGCCAUGGCUAAAGAUAGCAUCAUUUAGAACAAUUUCAAUCAUGCUGACAAAAAGAUGAAGCUUUUUACUGGUUGCUCUUGUAUAUUCAGAUAUUUAAAGCUCAGUUAUGUUAAGCUUGGACCAAAAUACAAUGAAUGAAACACUUGAAUAUGUCUGAUUCAGAGUAAUCCUGAUUCCAGUGUCUACAUUGGCCUCUGACACUGCCUUCAGCUACAGCGCAAGGUAACAGGAUUGUACCAGUGAGUGCAUUAAUCAGAUUAAUCCUAACCAACUAGCUCCAUGUAAACACGAACUGUUUGUUUCUAGAGGGAUGAAAUGUUUGUGAAAGCUUGAAAAAUGUCCAAAAAGUGUAUUUCAACCAUGAAUUGUUAUAGUUUUAGUUGUAGUAUCAAAAGUGUAUUUACUAAAACUGUAUUUAAAAUUGACUUUAUUUGUAAAGCACUUUCCAAACUGUUGUACAAAGUGCACGAUUCAGAGUCAGAAUAGGCCUAAGUAGGAAAAAAGGGUAUUUGAGCAUCUCUGUUAUGUUGCUACUAAUGAAGAAAAGGCAUGCGAGUUUAAUGUUGUUUUUCAAAAGAGCCUAAAAACAAUUGUCUUUGCUUUAAGGUCAGUUGUUUCAGUACCAAACAGCACUUGUAGUCCCUGCUAGUAAAGUGCAGUCCCUUUAAAAAAAAAAAAAAAGCCAUACGACAGCUGGUUUCCAUUUCCCGUCAUUUAAAUCAGACAAAACAAGUUAUUUCCCCUGAGGAAGGGACGGUCAUUGAAAUGUACGGACCGGAUAAGUCGCCGUUUAGCCGCCGUUUGGUACAACAGGUUCUUGAGAUAUUCUGUCCAACUGAGAUGUUUGUUUUCUUUGAAGUCAGUUGCUGAAAAGUGACGGUGAUAACCCGUGAAUUUCAAUGAAGGUAGGAGUAGAUGAUGUGAUGCCAUCUCUGACAACAUCCAAGGCUAUCACUUAAAAUAAUACUGGAACCACAGUGCUAUUGUGAUUCUAGUAUUAUUUUACAGCAGCACAGUCUGACAGCCUUGACUGAUGUAUUAUUUGCACUGAUCUGUACUUUGUGAUGUUGAAACAAACAGCAUAAAACAUGUUCUUUUGUACUCCUCCUGUCUCUUUGACUCACAUCUCUCCUGCAUAUCUGUGGAAAAUCAAAGUUGAUAGAUUUAAAUCAUCAAGUCAGACAACAACAUGAGUAUUUGAUGUUAGGUUUAUUCAUAAUACUGGUUUGUUGUGAUGCAAGAUACAUUUUUUGUUGUCAAAUCGAAUAAAAAUCAAGACACUCCUAACAUUUUCCUGAUUAGUUGGAUUUCAGUGUCAACCCAGCUUCUCGUAAUCUUGGUAUCAGCUUUGCACACACUGUAUUCAGUCAAUAAGUUAGAAGUUAUUCCUUCCAUAUUUACAAAUUCAAGCCAUCAAUUGAGGCAUGGGUAGAGUAAAAGAAAAAAAGCAAAUAGUGCCAGUUCCAUCAAUCAAUCAAUCAUCUUCACAGGGUCUCAAUCCAAAUGUAGCAUAAUGUUAUUCCUAUCUGAUGUACUGGAGCUGCAGUUUAUUCACUUCAAAAGACCUGGAUUAGGCUGGAGGUUAGAGGCCAAGAUGCUCCUUUUGACAAGCGCUCAGGACAGAACACCUUCUUACUGUUUUCACUUGGUCAAAAACAGUAAAGAAUUGUUGUGCUUUAGCUCCUUGCAUUAUAUCGCACACAAUGAUGAUGGCGUAUUAUGACACAUGAUGUCGAAUAAAGGUGUUAGCAUUUUCAUUUUACAGCCAUAUAAUUCAGACUUCUCUGUUAGCUCCACUCUGAGAAGUGUCGACUUGUUGGUUCCUGUUUCAUUAGAUUUAUUGUAUAUAUACAAUGGAGCUUGGCCCAGAAAUAAUGUCAUCUGUCAGAUACUUUUUAGUUCUGCCUGGAGGCCAUGAUGUCGGAAAACGUUUAACAUAUAAGGAGAAUAAAACAUGAGGGCUUGAGAAAGAAAUCAAAAGUUUUCGUCCUUUGACUCCAGCAGAGUUUAUAUUACUGGGUAUCUGAUUGUUAAUGUUGACAUGACAACCAAAGUCAGUUUUGUGUGACAAAGCUAAACACACAGGAACUCAAACUUUUAGGGGGAAUACUUGAAAAGAUAUCAACUUGCUAAGAGCACCCUCAUUAUCCUGCUCCAAUCGUUUUCAGUCUGAGUCCAUAAUCCUUCUAAUUCCCACACUAUUUUAAAAACAGUUCCUUUGAAAGAGCACUUUUUAAAACAGAUCUCUAACCAUCAUGUGGUAAACUUGGUUAUUUCAUAUAUUAGCUACAGUUUGUGAUCCAUUAAUGAUCAGUGUUUACAUCGUGUAAGGCCGUUAAAGUGGCGUCAAACCAAUACAAAACAGCAUCCAAUGUUACUCAAAUCUUCAACUCAUCUUCAACACACUGUAAAUGCAUUGAGGUUAAUUCAGUCAGAAGGCAAAUGUUUCAUGAUACCUUAAUUCACGUUGGAAUGUGCUUGUGCAGCAAACCUCUCCAGUACUGCUAACCUAGAUUUGGAAACUUGUGUGGACGGCGGCUGGGGUGAAACUUAGAGCAGAACACAUUUACGCCUUUUCUUAGGUUCAGGGGGCUCCAGGGCAGCCAGUAUUGCCUCAUCAAACACAUUCUUUAAUCCUUUCUGUGGAAAUAAGAUAUCAAUAUUCAAAUCAGGGCUCUGGUCCAAAUACUAUCGACAUCUUCAAGGAGCUAAAUGCAGAAAAAAUACAGUGUAGAAAGUGGGCAGAGAGAUCAAAUUUUUCUUUUAUUUAAUAACAUUUAACAAGACUCUCCUCAUUGCUAACUCGUCUGAGUUAAGACAAAAGCCCAUGGAAAAUCUUGAUGCUGCAGUAGAAAAUAAGUAUCACUGUCUAAGACAGGAUAUAGCAUACAUGCUUCAUAGGAUACAACUGAUGCUUAGAGCUCCAUACCAAGAAUAACAGAACUGUAAUGUAAAAAAAACAAAAACUCAUUCAUGUACUGUUACACAGACCUCCUGGCAGCAGAAAAAAAAAAGAUUAAGAUUGGCACUCUUGUCAUAUCAGGCAGCAUGGAUAACUGUGAUUAGGCCAAGUUGAAAAAGAGCACACAUGAACAGAAGGGGAGAAAGUUAAUGGGCACCAAGUUUUUAGAGUUUAAAGAGUGCUGUGGUUAUUAUAGUGACAGACAUCUCUUUACAGUUACUAAGCAGCAGAUGACCGAGAGGCAAAGCGAGAUGCGAGAAGACAUCAGAACAAACAGCAUUUUCUCUUUCUUUGAGUUUCAGGGGGCUCUAAAGCGGCUAGGAUAGCCUCAUCAAAUACGUUCUUCAGUCCCCGCUACAGAAAGAGGAAGAGAGGGGGGAAAGACAGGCACACGACACGGUUAGAUGGAGAUUUUAGUUCAAUGCUGUUAGCAAAAAGGCAAGGCAAAGUAUUUCCACUAUUGUUAGGGAACACUCAAGCACACACUUGCUGCACAAGCACGAGUCUAACAGGGGCGAGGGUCUUACCUGCGUUAGGGCUGAGCACUCGACGUAUUUGACUGCCUUGAGGUCACGAGCGAGCUUCUCUGCUGUCUCGGGGGUUAUUGGCUUCUGUUUGUUCUUGGCUAGCUUCUCCACUGUGGAAGGGUCAUCACGCAGGUCGAUCUGAGUGCCUACCAGCAGGAACGGGGUCUUGGGACAAUGGUGGGUUAUUUCAGGAACCCACUAGAGACGGGGGGAAAAAAAGGCAAAUAAACACACUGCAGAUAAAAAAUUCAAUGAGGUGAAAAUCAGAUUACAGAUUGAAACUGUUCUAAAAUGAUUAUUGUUCAUUAAGAAAAAAAGGAAUCAAAAACAGGCUUUUCUAUGGAGGGGUUAAAAGGUGAUUUACUUUAAAGUGAAGCUUUCAUUUUCAUUUUGAGUUGAUUUCCCACUCCCCUUGAGUCAGUACAGCUUAUCUUUGCUGGCCUUGUCCUGCACAUGAGUGUGAAGCGCUCUCUUGAGAAAUGUAUCACUGCUUUCUUUUAGAUGGCCAAUAUUCUACUCACUCGGAAACCUUGCUUACAAAAUGUAAACAAAGACUCCAUGGAAACAACUGAAUGGAUCUAGUUUUUCUUCUUGCUGAUGGAUUGGUUUUGGAGGACAAGUUUCAUCAUGCCAAACUUGUCAAGAAAGGAUCAACUUGAAAAAUAAAAAUCCUUCUUAUAUAAAUACCCAGAUGUAGAUAUAUGCAUGUUAUGGAUGUUCAUUAUAAUUUAAUCCUGUUAAUUUAAUCAUACAUUUUUCUUGUGCUGUGGGGUUUAAUCAAUGAAAUAUAAAAUAUUUAACUGUUCCAGCCACUAAAACAGCAGCUUCUUCUCAUUAGAGACUCUGUGUUAUAAGAGGAUCAUUGUCCACUGUUGGGCCAGAUAUUACUGGAAUGCCUCAGGAUAUGCUCAGGCUAUACUUAAUUUUUGAAUACCAGCAUUCAUGACUGAAUUAUAUUCCAAAAACAAUGAAUGGUGUUUUUUUUUUACUUGUCAAACAAGAUCAUACUGUUCUAGUUUAAUUUCCAUUUCUUUCCGAAAUACCCCUCAUAUUUGAAUUUUACUGAGAUCAAUGACUGCAAUGUAAUUGUAGGAUCCUAAUUCAUUCCCUGUGGAAACUGCCCCUCAGCUGUCAUAUGACAAGGGUAGUGAAGAGCGGGACAAUGAAUUGAAUCAAGACAACUCAGUUUAUUACUCCAAAAAGUAUCCGUUACGCUCCUAACUUCAUUAAUUUACAACUCUCUCCUUAUCUCAAAGGUUUAAGUGUUUUUUAAAUGAGUAUGCGAUGAAGGCGGUUUAGGACAUGACAUCUGCGGUUGUUCUAAGAAACACAUGUAGCACUCACCUUCUCUUUCACGUUCUCAAACGAAGAAGGUGAAACAACUGAGAAACAGACUAAAAACACAUCUGUCUGUGGGUAGCUUAGUGGUCGUAGACGGUCAUAAUCUUCCUGCCCUGAAGGAAACAACAUCACAGAUAAAACUCUCACAACAUGAGUGCAAUAGUGUUGUCGUUCGCAAACGAUUCAUUCAAAAGAACCAAAUCUUUUAAGUGAACAUAGUGAACCGAAUCACUUGAGUUCGUUUCUCAUUUCAGUUGAGCUGAAGUGAGAAACGGCAUUGCCAGUCGAGCAGCCGGUGAACGAGGGACCGCAUGCACCGACGCCUGUGGUGAAUAGAUCACGAAUUAAACUACACUCUCUGGAAUCAUUUUUGUUGGACAAAACUACCUUUAUUUUUUUUUUUUAAACUGCUAAACUGCCACCACAAAAACUUAAAUACAAUAGGACACAGCGUGUAACAAGGAGUACAUAAAACCCGCAGCAUCCUAUCAUUGCAGUGGUUUGCGAGGGAACGGUGCAUGUUCAGUCGAAUCACUCACUGAGCCCAAUUUACGAGCAGACCUGAUAAAUAGCAUACCAUAGGACAGUACACUUAAAAAAAAUCAUAAAUCAUAAACAAGUUCAUUUUUACAAACCUGUUUGCCAAAGUAAGGGUCCUUACACACCGGGAUUGUUUUUUCAUGUGAUUAUUUUGGACGUCAAUAUUUUUUUUCGCUGUAAGAUGGUAAGGGAAGGUCCCGCCCUCCUUCGCCUCUGAUUGGCUACAAGUGCUGACCAUUUGGCUUGAGCGUGUGAUGACGUUUCCAGCUUUUCUAGCCAAUCAGAGGCGAAGGAGGCGGGACUUUCCCCUGGAAAAGUCUUCCCCGGGAUGCGUCUUUUCCCCCCGGAACGUCGCAAAGUCACAUCACUUAAUGUGUAUAGUCAGGCGCAAACAAAAUUAGCCUCUGAAUAUUUCGUAAUUUUGCGUCGCAUAUUUGCGUCAUUCCCGGUGUGCAAGGUAACACAGCCAAACACUCCUGUCUUCUGGUCCAGGAAACUGAAUCCUGAACCGUUCAGCUAAGUAUCAGUUGCAGGCUUCUCCAGCCAAACGCUACAUGAAUCAGUGAUUUGGUGAACGAAUCUUUUGAAUGAAUCCUUUUAGCGAACUGAUUCUAGUGAUUCAGUACAUUUAAAAGAACCGCAGUACCCAUCACAAGAAUGCAAAAUCAAAUUUAAAAAAAAAAAAGAUGAAGAGAGGAUCUUACCUGCUGUAUCAAAUAAACCAAGAGUGUAUGGUUCACCACCGAUCAUUACAGUUACUGCAUAGUUGUCGAAAACCUUGUAUAAGAGAAAGAAUAACAAAGAAUAACAUGUGAUUUCCUGUGCGAGUCUUAUUUAACGACUUGACCGAAAAUUGGACUCGGAAGUAACUUACUGUUGGAACAUAUUCAGAGGGGAAUUUGUUGGUGGUGUAGGAAAUCAAUAGGCAGGUUUUACCCACGGCUCCAUCACCCACCACCACACAUUUGAUAGUCUGCAUCGUUGUGCUUUCAGACCCCGAUCACAGUAACGCAGGCUGCUGGAGAGUUCAAAAUACAACAAAUAUAACAAGAAAUGUCUUUAAACUGAUUCAACAUAUAAGUACAAACAGGUAACUAAGUGGAAGAAUGAUUUUAAUAAGGAAAGGCGACCAAAAUAAUGUGCAUCUUUACGUUGUGUUACCUAGUUGACAGUCACGCCCCAUCACCAACACUGUACGUAGGCUAACGUUUGGCUACUGAAAAGCGUAUAUACUUGAAUACACAGCAAACUUAAACGUUUAUAUACAAGGGAAUAACUUGAUAACACGUUACCAGACUGUCUACACACAAUGUAAGUGUAACUGUAGCUAUAUAGCUGAAUUUGUUGUGUAACGGUAAGUAAGCCGAGCUAGCAGUCACCAGUCGCUGCCGUCCGUCUCGCCAGCUAGCUUAGUAGCCGGCCGGCUAACGCUACGAUGUAAACUUACGCUUCUAGCUUCGAAAACAAAAGUAGAAGUUCUGUUAUUUAUUCAUCCGCGAACCAGAGAAGUCAGAAUUGAUAAAAAUCGACGUACCAGAGUACCUUCGUAUCGCAGCUAGUUUACGUUAGCCGUGUUUUCCGCCGGGCGUUGGCACCAGCGAGCAGCAACUCGCUCCAGUAAGCUCGGCUUCAAGUACCACUUCCUCCGCGGCCGUCAAGUUAGAGAGAUUCACACCGGAAAUCACCUUCAAAAUAAAACAUCGAAAUUAUCCGUUUCAAAGCGUGACUCUUGUAGUGCCACAAACUAAACGUUAAAGAAGAUUUGAAGUCACAGAAAAUCAGUUAAACGUAUAAACUUCACCAACUUAGGUGAAUGUUGUUAUUGGGGCACCUUAUUCAUGCCAGUUUUCAGACGAAUGCUUUUUCUGCUUUUAUUUUGACAGGUAUUUUUCUGUACGUGUAGUGCCUUCAAACUUGCAGGAAUGAGGCGUCUGCAGCAAAAGUGGUGACAUCACCUCCAUAAUACCUCAAACUUGGUACUUUACGGCUGAACAUGAGCUGUAAUUCUUUAUAAUAAUAAUAAUAAUAAUAAUAAUUAAAGAUAAAAUAUAGAAAGGAUGCAGUUGUGAUUUUUCUCCCCUGUUUUUCUCAUAGACUACCCUGAUGAGUCUGAUGAGAGGAUACCCUAGUUAGAGACAAAACUAUGAUUGCCUUGAUGUAGUGAUCCGAAAUAUGAUUAAUGGCUCAUCUUACCCCACUCUCCCCUAUAUACUAUAUUCUUUAUACAGUCAAUGGUUUUUCUAUACCAGUUUUAGGGUAAUUUUUCUGUAGCGAAUCUCAAAAUCUUUUACAUUUAACAACAAAUUCUCAAAAGACAGUUUUGAACAUGAACACAUCAGAACAUCCAGUCAAAUAAGUCGUCUGAGUAUUUUAUUAUAAGAGGUUGAGAGAAUAAGAGAAACUGCCCAUUGAUACGCUAGUGCAGUCUAGGCUAUCUCCUUCUGACACAUAUAAAUUAAACAUUUUAUGCUUCAUAAAAGUACGACUUAAUUCAGGGUCUCUGCAUUGAAUUGAAAAGUAGUGGCUAAAACACAGUUAAUAUAUCUCCUCCGCUGAAGAUUAAAGCCAGCAGAUACACUUGUGUAACUUCUUGAAGAUAUGAUCAGCUUGGUAAUAAAAUUUGCUUGACAAGAAUCACAAAUCACCGCAGUCCUUUCUGGAGAAUAUAAAGCUUUGUGCAGAGUUUGAAUCUAAUUUAGCUUUGAAUAAAACAGGCUUUUGCUUGAAUUUUGACAUAUACUUGUCUGCAGGCCAAGGAACUGACAUUAGAUUUAUCAACUUAAAUACCGAGACUAAUACAUGAAAAUAACAUUUCUCUGCUUAUUUUUCAGUUUAAUUCAUAAAAAAUACUUUAUACAAUAAAGGAAUGCUUAUUUUGACUUUGCUUUUGAAUCACUCAAUGUUUUGUGAGUUUUGAUAACAUAAUUGUUGCCCUGGCCAUGUUUUUCUUGCAGUUUUUAUCCUCCAUGUAAAGAUAUGUGUGGCUGAAACACAAGACAGCAUUAAAAUAAUAAGGAUCCAGCGCAGAGUCAUCCACCAACUGGUUGAAACAAAAAGCAUAAAUGAGAUUAGAACCAUUUAGUCCAUGUUUUCAUUAAGAUUUAUAGCAGACAAUAUUAAGGAUAUAAAUCCUCACCUUGCUUCUUCAUAUAGAAUCAGAGGGGUGGAAGUAGUGGUCAUCAAUACUGUGGAAAAGAACAAAAACAUUCAAUUAUUUAUUCUGAUAAAUCAGACAGUUUUGACCUGAAAAUUGUGGACAAACACUAGAACCAUGUUGUGUUGCAAACCCAUUAUCACAGAAGUUAAACAUGACAGCAGAAUCUGCCUGUUUGCCAUAACAGAUCUCAAAAAUUGAAGGUAACACGGUUGUUUUUAUUGCAUUCGUCGUGUAGUUUUCUUAAAAUCACAAAUAAGAAGCUAUGCAAGCUUUUGCAAUCAAAUCAGAAUCACCUUAACAUUUGAUGACUCGUACCUGUGUUGGUCAGUUUGAGUCGGACACCAACGUGGGGGUUCCUUCCAAACCUUGCGAUGACACACCAGUACAUGUCCUCGUCACUCUGACUGAGAGAGGUCAUGGUUACAUUGAAGACUCCAGCCUUUUUAUCAUCCUGGAUGGAGAUUCGGUCACUGUCUCUGCUCCUGGGUGUCUUCACUACAAUACUACACCGCUCAUACACCUGCCCUUUGCACCAGUAUUUUGUGUAGUUUCUGAGCUUUCGGUCGUACUGACAUGAGACGGUCACAGAUCCUCCGUAUCGUCCUGUUACCUCCCCUGGAGCUGUCAACUCAGCUGAGUCCACUGCAUGCUUUGUGAGCCAGAGGAGACAGAGAACUGGAGCUGCAAGAUGAAACAACAUUAUGAUACCAGUUAAACACUCCUUCUGGGUUUAAAUUUUAAUGUAAUAUCUUUAAAAAGCUGAUAUUACCAUUGAAGAAGCCAAGCAGUAUCCUUGAGGUCCUCAUGUUGGACAGAGAAGGAAUAACGUGAAGCAGAAGUGUGCAACAUUUAGGGGCUUCCUCUUGUUCCUCCUCUCAUUUGGUUGUGCAAUAUGGUGGUUAAUAUGACGUCUGAGUGUGUGCAAGUUUACUUGAGAAAAGAUUCUGUCUGUGUGGGAAAAAUUAAACUGAGAUCCCAAAAUGCACGAACAUUUCUCGUGUCCCUCUUUGCAAGACAACAGGGCAAACUUUGUAGGAACACUUCUGAUAUUAAAACAGCAGGUGGCACUAAAGACCAGGCUGGCAGAGGCUGAAAAAUGAGUGAUUUGACAUUUUUUUAAGUUCUGUAGAGAUUAUAUUUUGUUUUAAAAUCGAAUAUGGACUCAAAGAAAGAAGAAAAUACGAAGUGGUAUAGAGUUUGCAGUUUGCCAAAGCCUGAUUACACCAGCCUUCCUGUUUCUGAACCCAAAAAGUGUUACGAAAUCUUUUAUGCCAAACUUUAAUCAUAACCAUUGUGCAAACUUUACUCUUCCUAUCUUAAUUGCCUGUUUUUUUCUGUCCCCUUUUGCACACUAUAAUUAAUCCACAAUGGUCUUCCUGCUCUUGCCACUGCCGUGAUAGAAAAUAUCAACACCUUUAGGAUUUUAAUGUCAUGUUUCACUCAAAAAUACAUCCAAACGGCUUGGCCUCCUUAUCCUUACAACACUGAAAAUUGGAAAAACCCGUUUCCUUUGAAAAAUAAAUUAAUGCUUGAAAAGAAAUGAAACUAAUGCACCAUACUUCUGCAGACUGACAGCAGUAGAAUGAUACUUCAUUAUUAUUUCUCAACAGCAGACAUGAGCUCCUCACAUGUCUGUGCGGUUUUAUCUGAAGUGGUCAGAUGCCAAAAUUCAGACGGCAAGUUGAAACUAGUUCCUGAUUGAAUCCAAAAUCCUGAUUGUCGUGUGUGUUUGUGCUGUCAGCAGCUGUAUAUUUGAAUUUGCAAAUGACUUGUGUGAUAAAGGUGAAUCAUUAUUUCUACCUACAGACACAGAGUGAAUUUGGGUGAGUGUAUCUGAUAGGGAGGGAUUGCUCUUGUAUUUUGUAUUAUUAUACCUCUUUAUUUUGGCUUUGUAGUGAGCUCCUUUCUCUCCUUCUCUAUCCUCUAUCUGUCUGUGUCAUCAACUUUGAAUCAUCAUAUCCCUUAAAAAUCACAAAACACAGUCUUUCCGGGGAGUCCCUGAGUUCCCUCAUCAUGUAGGUUCCUCUAUUUUCCCCUCUCUUAACCCUAUGUGGUCCAAGCAA